UGCAGUCGAAGCAGAACCGAGAGCGACGCCGAAACCGUAAACAAGUGUUCAACCUGACGUCUGUGGAUUUUAGCGUAAAACCAGGAAGACAGAUGAUAUAUUCCGGUCCUCCGCCCACUCUGCCUUGCUUUGGUGGCGGGAGGCGGCUUCAGGUGAGGCAAGAGGGCGGCGACGUGUCCAAAAAUGGAUGAAGUAUGUGAGCAGGUAAACACACUCCGGAGAGUCCCUUCCUGACGAAGACUGAUGUUUUUAAGACAAGCCGUCGCCAGUCGCACGCAUUCAACGACUACUGCAAACUAACACGGAGCUCUGAAGACUCUGUGCGGAGACGAGCCAUCUCACUAUGGAAACAAAGACAGAAAACCAAAGGCCCGUUAACGGCCAGUUGAUUACAAUGCCUCACAGGGAUACAGUCCGCCUGCUGGAGAUUUACGUCAAGCGCAGCCUCAGCCUGAACGAUGGGGCGCUGGGCGAUAAGAGGGCUGAGAAGAAAGAAAAGUGGGUGACAAAAAGGAUAAGACGACAUUCCAGCGACCCUUCCGUUCACCUGGCCGAGGGAUUAAACUACAGGGAAACUGUUACACUUCCUGUGGUCGAACCUCCCGCAAAUCAGCCUAAAAAACAUCCUGAAGAAUCAGGGAAAACGAGCAAAAAAUCCAAGAAGAAUAAGAAACCCUCGUUUUGGAAAGCUAUAGUUGGCUUUUUCUCUCGGAAGACUAAUGAGGACAAUGACGAGGAGCAGGACAGUCCUUCAGUGACGGCGAAGGACUCGGCAGCGGAAGAGGUCUCUGAUGCUGCGCCCGCCUGCCUGCCUGCAACUCCAGUCACUUCGCAGAGGAAGAAGUCCAUGAGAAGAAAGUCCAUAAAAAGAAGGUUCUCCAAAAGGCGACUAUCUCUGAUCAAACCAAAUAAACCCGACAUCACAGAAAUUGAAGCUGUUGUCAGCGUAGAACCGACGUACUUAUACUAUGAGAAGGUGUCAGAGGAACUGGAGAAAAUUGUCCACGAGGUCAAAGAAAAAGAGGAAGAACAGCGUCUCUCAGAUGAGGAAGUGAUCAACAGGAUCAUCGCUUUGACAAAGGAGCAGGGUGACGCCAUAGACGACAAGCUGAGAGACAACCCCACCCUGAGCAACUUCUUCCAGCGGAUGUCGUACUCUUCCUUCCAGAGGCUGGCCGAUGCGUAUCUAGAAAACGAAGCAACGCCGACCAACAAUCCUCCCACCGUCCUACCGACAGCACCUGAGCUUGUCAAGCUGGCCUUCACGCUGGACUUCACAGCCAGGAUAGCCGGGCUCUCCAGGCAGAAUAUAGGUCACAUUACCUACCUGGGGAACCGCUAUCUACAGGACAGAUUUGAAUAUAAACAGGCAUGUACAGAUCAUCCAUGGUCUGACAGCGAUGACUGAAACACAGCCUUGCAGGAACACCACAGAUGUGGUUAAAGAACGUGUUGCAAGCAUCAGUUCCCUUUACAAACAUUUUUUUUUCAAGAUCAGAGGAGCUGCUUGACACAACUUUGAAGCCCAGGAUUGUUGCCAUUUUCAUUUUUAAACUGAAACUUUUUUUAUGUUAGAGAAAUUGUGUAAUUCUGUUGCAACACAGUGUUUGCUGUGAGAAACCAGUUGAAUGUCUUUGGCAGAUGCUUCUUUAACGUGACACAUCAACUUAAAUACAAAAGUAAGCAGUCUUAAAACAUGUGGCGAUAUUUCAGAAUCACAGAUGGCCGAUUCUACUAAUGACUCUAAAGAUUUUGAUAAAUCCAACACUGGAUGAGACAUUUUCUGCACAUUGAUUUGUAAUAUCAUGACACAGCAAUGCAAUAACUUUUCAUGUAUAUAAGCUACACAACUGUGCAAUAUGGUUUUUUUUUUUACAUUUCUAGGAUUUAAAAAAUUAGUAAAAUGUAUUUAAUAGAAACUAAAAUGUGAAAUGAUGUUAAUGUUUGUUGAUAUGAGUGCUGGCAUUCAUAUUACAUUCUCAAAUAAAAGAUAUUUAAUUCAC